AUGGGUAGCACUAAGGCUAUCAGCCUUGAAGAAAUCAAGAAUGAAGCUGUUGAUCUGGAACGAAUUCCGGUGGAGGAAGUAUUUGAGCAGCUAAAAUGUACAAGAGAAGGUCUGUCGUCAGUGGAAGGGGAGAGCAGGCUCAGAAUUUUUGGUCCGAACAAAUUGGAAGAAAAAAAGGAGAGCAAGAUUCUCAAGUUUUUAGGCUUUAUGUGGAACCCUUUGUCUUGGGUCAUGGAAGCUGCUGCUUUGAUGGCUAUCGUUCUAGCAAAUGGAGACGGGAGGCCUCCUGACUGGCAGGAUUUUGUUGGCAUUGUUGCAUUGUUGUUUAUCAACUCGACCAUCAGUUUCAUCGAAGAAAACAAUGCAGGUAAUGCUGCAGCAGCUCUAAUGGCUGGUCUCGCUCCAAAAACUAAGCUUCUUAGAGAUGGACGAUGGACUGAGAAGGAUGCGGCUAUCCUUGUACCGGGAGAUAUCAUAAGCAUCAAGUUGGGAGAUAUCAUCCCUGCUGAUGCUCGUCUUCUUGAGGGCGAUCCCUUAAAAGUUGAUCAAUCGGCUUUAACAGGAGAAUCUCUUCCUGUCACUAAGAACCCCUCAGAUGAAGUUUUUUCCGGCUCGACUUGUAAACAGGGAGAAAUCGAAGCAGUUGUUAUAGCUACUGGUGUUCAUACAUUUUUCGGUAAGGCUGCCCAUCUAGUUGAUAGCACCAACCAAGUUGGACAUUUUCAGAAGGUCCUCACUGCAAUCGGUAACUUUUGCAUCUGCUCGAUUUUUGUUGGAAUAAUCAUCGAGGUCAUAGUCAUGUACCCAAUACAGCAUCGGAAGUACAGGGAUGGAAUUGACAAUUUGCUGGUUCUCUUAAUUGGAGGAAUUCCAAUUGCUAUGCCGACUGUGUUAUCUGUUACUAUGGCUAUUGGUUCUCACAGGCUUUCUCAGCAGGGUGCAAUCACAAAGCGAAUGACUGCCAUAGAGGAAAUGGCAGGCAUGGAUGUUCUCUGUAGUGACAAAACGGGAACGUUAACCUUGAAUAAGCUGACAGUUGAUAACAGUCUCAUUGAAGUGUUUGUGAAGGGAGUAGAUAGAGAACAUGUGAUGUUGCUAGCAGCCCGAGCCUCCAGAGUUGAAAAUCAAGAUGCAAUAGAUGCUGCCAUUGUAGGGAUGCUUGCCGAUCCGAAAGAGGCUAGAGCUGGUAUCCGGGAGGUUCAUUUCUUUCCUUUCAACCCUGUGGAUAAGAGGACUGCAUUAACCUACAUAGAUUCUAAUGGAAAUUGGCAUCGUGCCAGUAAAGGUGCCCCCGAGCAGAUCCUAGCAUUGUGCAACUCCAAGGAAGAUGUUAAAAAGAAGGUUCAUUCUGUAAUCGAUAAGUUUGCUGAACGUGGACUUCGUUCUUUAGCAAUUGCCCGUCAGGAAGUCCCUGAGAAGACCAAAGAGAGUCCAGGGGGACCAUGGCAGCUUGUUGGUUUAUUACCAUUGUUUGAUCCACCAAGGCAUGACAGUGCGGAAACAAUCAGAAGAGCAUUGAAUCUGGGCGUGAAUGUAAAGAUGAUCACUGGUGACCAACUAGCCAUAGCCAAGGAGACAGGCCGCAGGCUUGGAAUGGGGACAAACAUGUAUCCGUCAUCAUCGUUGCUUGGCCAAGACAAGGAUGAAUCUAUUGCAGCACUUCCUGUAGACGAGCUGAUUGAGAAGGCUGAUGGGUUUGCUGGAGUAUUUCCAGAGCACAAGUAUGAAAUAGUAAAAAGGUUACAAGAAAGAAAGCACAUAUGUGGUAUGACGGGAGAUGGUGUUAAUGAUGCUCCGGCUCUAAAGAAGGCAGAUAUCGGCAUUGCAGUUGCUGAUGCAACAGAUGCUGCUAGAGGUGCAUCUGACAUUGUUUUAACUGAACCGGGACUUAGUGUCAUAAUUAGUGCAGUACUGACUAGCAGGGCAAUUUUCCAGAGAAUGAAGAAUUACACCAUAUAUGCAGUUUCGAUUACAAUUCGUAUUGUGUUUGGAUUUAUGCUUAUUGCUCUGAUAUGGGAAUUCGAUUUUGCCCCCUUCAUGGUUCUAAUCAUUGCUAUCCUAAAUGAUGGAACUAUAAUGACAAUCUCGAAGGAUCGAGUGAAGCCCUCUCCUUUACCAGACAGUUGGAAACUCAGAGAGAUUUUCGCCACUGGAGUCGUCUUGGGAGGUUACUUGGCACUAGCGACAGUAUUGUUUUUCUGGGUCAUGAAUGAUACUAACUUCUUCUCGGAUCACUUUGGUGUAAGAUCCAUUAGAGAUAAUCCUCGGGAAAUAAUGGCAGCUUUAUACCUACAAGUGAGUAUUAUUAGUCAAGCACUAAUAUUUGUUACAAGGUCUCGUAGCUGGUCCUUUGCUGAACGCCCUGGAAUGUUCUUGAUCGGUGCUUUUAUAAUAGCUCAACUGGUUGCUACCCUAAUAGCUGUUUAUGCGAACUGGAAUUUUGCAAAGAUCGAAGGAUGCGGUUGGGGUUGGGCCGGUCUCAUCUGGCUUUACAGUAUCGUAACCUAUGUUCCACUUGACAUCCUCAAGUUCUGCAUUCGUUAUGUUUUGAGCGGAAAGGCUUGGGAUAAUCUUUUGGAGAAUAAAACUGCUUUCACUACAAAGUCUAACUAUGGGAAAGAAGAGAGAGAGGCACAAUGGGCUACCGCACAAAGGACUUUACACGGUCUUCAACCACGGGAAACGAAUAACCUUUUCAAUGAAAAGAGCGGUUAUCGGGAGCUCUCUGAAAUUGCAGAGCAGGCCAAACGACGUGCUGAGGUUGCUAGGCUUAGGGAACUGAAUACACUGAAGGGGCAUGUGGAAUCUGUGGUGAAGCUGAAAGGAUUAGAUAUUGACACAAUUCAGCAACAUUACACAGUUUAA